AUGAGAGGUUAUGUCAGCGUAAUCUGCCUGAAUCUGCUGGUCUGUGUUCUCUUCGUCGAAGCUUUAAAAUGUGGUAUGAAUAUUUGUUCUUUUCCCUAAAAAACUGGAAUACGUUAUUUUUGCUUACACACUGUGCCACCGACAGAUAUAGUUAGAGACGCCAUUUGAGCUCUGCGCAUGAUUGUUUAAACUCGUGAAAACGUGUCCUUUUGAAGGUUUACUUAAUAACUGCAUCAGGAAAAAGUGCUUUUACCAGAACCUAGGAAAGGGAAAACAGGUUUUUAAUCUAAAUAUAUAAUGUACUUGUUAAGAGCAAAACAGGUCGGUAAAUUAGACGAUUUAGGCUUUUGUCGCCUUGUUGGUAUAUGGUAUGUAGUGGUAGUUUUUAGAUGCUGAAGACGCUAUCGUUUGUCUAGAUGAAUCAUAGACGGGCGCUGAAUAAAAAUUUAUGAUUUUUGAAGGCUUAUUUGAAGUGACUCUGGAACGUGAACUGGGUGGCGUAUAUCAUGAAAUAUCAGCGGCAAUUGCGAAACGCGUUCUCAGUAAAGAAAGAUUUCUUACGUGGAAUUGUAAUACUGAUGAACUUGUGGCGGAAAAUCGUGACGUUGUUGUCAUGUGGGGACGCUGGCUCUUUAAUGCACCUCUUUCAUCCCACACUCAGUUAAAAAUGACUGCGUACGUAGUAUGCAUGUUUUCUGGUGAUUUUUCAUGCCUAUAUAUACUCGGACACACCUUAUGGAGAAUGUGUGGAAGUAUGGUUCCUGAUAUUCAUACUGUAGUAGGCUACGUCUUCUUAAAAAUUCAUUUUCGAGGAAAGGUUAUCCUUAAGUUUUAAAAAAUCCCAUUCUUGGAAUAUUUUAAACCAUUAAGCUCUCAAACUGCAGACUGUGCACUUUCCGUGUAGGGAAAAUCACACAUCCGUUUAUGAUCAUGAAAUGUUUCAAUCAAUAGAAGGUAACUGUAAACUGAAAUACACGGCACUAUUUUAAUGGGCAAUUCAGAAUCCUAAAAGUUAUAUAAUUACAUACUUUUACUCUGAAAUAUACUGUUUCUUUGUAUAAUAAUUUAAAUAAAACGCUAAUUGCUAACAUAUGACUAUGAGAAACGAUGUUUUUGUGCAUUUUUAUAAAAAUAUUUUUAAAUAUGUUAGGGAAUAUAAAAUCAACGGAAAACUUCUUAAUGCUUAAGUGGUUAUUUUUUAAUCCAACGUGAUUUUCUGCAGGCGAUCGAAAAGAAGAGCACUCAAAAUUUGUCAUGUUGGCGUAAAUGAUAUAUCAUACGACUUUGCCACAUAAUCAUCGUUAUUAAAACCACUCCUAAGUAACCCCUUUAAGAUGGAAACAAAUUCCAAAAUUUUGGCUGAGUUUAACAAUAAACACUAUCUUCUGCAAGCUUGUUUAUAAAUUCUUUUGUUAAGGAACACUAAUUCCCCUUUGUGUAUUAUCUCGAGAAAAAUCGAUCUACUGAAUGCAUCUAAAGGGUUAAUGUUUAGAUAACAAUCAAGUGAUUAACCAAAACAGUAAUUCAAAACUGCCUUGAUUUUCCCCAGUUAGUUUGAUAAGAGUGCUUCUAUUUGGCAGUUGCAACCUAAAUAUUACUAAAAACGUUCGAGUUCGGUCUCCGGGACACCCAAACCCGGUGUUGGACAACGGCCAACUGGAGGUAAUUCCUUAGCCAGAGAUUGCUAAUCUAGUCUUUUACCCUUUUCGCUAUUUGCCAUGCAUAGUAUCUUGCCGCAAUGCGAAUGACAGUAAGGACUAUAGACUGAGCUCUAAGUCAUAAGAGGGGGAUCAAGUACCGCAGCUUUAUCGGUGGACAACCUCCCCGCAUUAAUAUAUUACGUUUGUACAUUGAAGCUUCACUGAAAGGACAAACCGCUGUGUAACCGCCCUAAGAUUCAGUAGACUUAGACCUCGCCUUUUCAACUGUCUCGGGAAAAAUCCUGCGCCCGAGGUAGUUAAAGCAUUUUCAAUACCUAUUUAACGCAAGGACAAACAAAUAAAUCUGACUGUUCUCAAAGCCUGCAUCUUAGUCAUUUGCUUAAGCCAUCUAAACAGGCCGUAUAUCUUUGCAUCUGCAAUAACCCUAUUAAAUGGAUAUUUAAACUAAGAUGUGAGUUUUUAAAUUUACUCUAAGAAUGACAAUAUUAAUCUGUAUUUUGUUUUUAUCGAAACACUUAGAUACAUUCGAAAGUCAGUAAUUGAGAGGCAUAUUCAUACUGCGAAAUAACCGCCUUUGGUCAGAUUUGGUAAUUCUUAAUACCAAUAGUAACGACAACGAUUUAGAUGACGCCGUUGCGGACAACAGCAUCCACCACUUCCCCAAAACGUUGACACAGCAGCAGCAGCAGUUUAUGCGCGAAUGCGUGCUGCAGCUGACCUAAUCACUUUGCGCAUUCACACUAUGCCCCAUAGCAUGACAACCAAGAUUGGGCUCGGUUAUAGUGAGCAUAAAAUCUAAACUACACGUCUACGAGUGCUACGUCUAGUCCUAACUGCACAAGUAACAAGCUUCCUUCGGAAAUAAGGUCCUCGGAGUUCGUCCAAAAAUGUGUUACAAAGGCUUCCAUUAGGAAUCAUUACAGUCUGGCCGUCAGCUUUAUGCAAGACCAAGUUAAAGCACCGAUUGGUUACCUUUUAAGUUAGGAAUACUAACGAAACUUGGAAGAUUCAUGUGAGUCAGAUUUAUCGUAGUGGAGAAUGGAGGUAAGAAGUUCUGAAAGCGUGUGGUAUGCCAGUAUCAACAAACCAUGGCCUUCCAAUCCUGGUAUGCGCUGGCAGUUCCCUGACACCUGGUUCCCUACCGGUAAAUACGCUUGCGCUGCCGCUGGGUAUGCAGGUGAUGGCCAUGGCUGCCCAGUCAUCCUCGUUCUUCUGACCCCCGUUGGGGUGUUGUUUUUGUUGUCGUCGUUGGUAGAAAAUCCUGGUCAAGUGUAUUUUUUGAAUCAGGUGGUAUGGUGGCACGCCUAGGUGGGGGUCCGGCCGUGCCAGCCACCUGCGACCUCCCCUGUCCUUGGUCUUCUUGAUUCUGUCUCGACACCGGCUCUAGGUUGGAAAUGAUGAAGAGGGAGUGCAGUAGAUUCGUCGCACGUCUACUGUCAUAAUAAGCUAAUUCACGUGCAAAUCAUUGUGACCGCUGCACCUUUCUGCGUAGAACCCGGUGGACAUUGCUGGAAUCGACGGUCGAACUGUGUAAUGGACAAUGCGCUGAUCUGCCGUGGGAAGGGAUUUCCAAAUAUCUACGUACGCUUUCUGCCCAUGUAUGUGGGCCGUUUGAGUUGCGCUCAUUAGUGUGACAUGUGGCCUCCGCAGCGGACCGCACGGUUGACGUGCUGGAGCACAGCAGUGGUCUGUUAGGCUCACGAUACGCGUUAACCGGACUCCGUACAAUCUGCAAGAGCCCAUAACCACUGCCGUACAUGUGGGAUGUGGUAAUACGCCCAGGCAGAGGCUUUGUGAUGCGCCAGACACAGCACCCAAACUGAGCAGGAAAAACUGGCUAAGACAAAGAAAUGGUGCCAGGGAGAGUAAAGAAUAAGGUCGACUCUGGAGACCCCUUUCCUACAAUAUCUCAAAGCUCAGGACUGAGUACGGACAUAGAGAGUUAGGUCGACGUCACUGCGCAUUUUACUCACCAUAAGCAAUCUGACGCUCUUUUAAACUUUCACAGUGCGGUCAGAUUUGUGGCUUGGAAGGCUGCAAAUUGGCAGGAUAACUAGGACCUCUUCUCCAGACAAAGAGUCAGGCUGCAACAGCCCCACCCGAAUUUUGCCUCUAUGGCACUCCUUUGGAGUUGGGAUCCAGGAUCCCCUUGUUCCUGCGGAACCCUGAUCCUGUGUGAAUGGAGCAAGCGUGCUUGGCACGCAAAGACAGGCUGUUUAGUCUUGCCAGUUGCUGCUUCCGUGCACAACUCCAGACUCCCUGACUCUGUCUCGAUACCGGACUCGGGUGGGCGACGAAGUAAAGAUUGUUGUAGACGCCGCACACUUCAAAUAUCACUGUAAAUUUGCGGAGGUGCGACAGUUGACAGACAGGGAUUUCCAAAUCACGAGUCAAAUAGCACAUAAUUAUUGGACAAGCUUAACAUCAGUAAGAGAGAGCGUAAAAACGACUUGGCACGUAAAUGCAGCAAGCCACACACUAAUUCACGUGAAAAGUACCGUUCUUGCGCUAACCUUGCCGUGGGGCACACGGAGACAUCAUGGCGUACGAUGGUCGAACUUUCGGACAGCGGACUAGACUCUUACACUGUAAUAUCUGGGGACUUACGAUUUUAAGAAUGGAUUCCAUGGAUUAGCAUUUGAUGGUUAGCAGACCAGCCGUUUUUUGAGCAUUUCCUUUAGAAGCGGUGGUUUAAAUAGUACUUUUACUUUUUAUUUGUCCUUUUAUUUUGGCGGAAAUAAACAGCCUGUGGGAUUUUAGUCUUGUAGCAUAUAUUUAAGAAUUGAAAUGUUGAUGUGCGCUCUUGUAGGAGACACAAAAGUUGAUAUUUUACUUUGAGAGGACAUUAGUUAAAAAAAACGGAAGUCCAUGACAAUUUUUUAUGUUGGGUGGCGUAUUUCUUUAAACAUUUUGCCCUUUGAUUUUCAUUCCUACCCUUGGAAAACAAAGUUUACACUGAAACUCCAUUCACCUGGUUUAACAAUCCAAUUAUUAUUUAGCAAAGAGUUUACCCAAUUGAGGCUGACCACUGUUUGCUUUGACAAAAGGUUGAUCUCGCCAAAGAUUUCCUUCCAAAUAAAUGACGUAUUACUUUACGAAAAACUAAAACAUACUAAGUCCUCAUCUUUUUGUACGCUUUCGGUGGCGGCGGAUGACGUAGAGGGUUGUGGUAGCUAAGCUGAAAUGUUACGCUACACCAUGGUCCAUGAUCACCGCAGUAGCAAAUACGGCUCUUUUCCUAGUGCUGAAUGAUGAAUGGGUUUACUUAAUCACUAGGUACCUGCUUCAAGUGCAAGAAGACUUUGUAAAUCUAGCAAUGUCAUAAUUUGAAUUAAAAUCCAGAUAUCAAUUAGUAAAUCGCAGCUCUGAUAGUGGGCACAAGCGAACCUCAUCUAAACAGACCCCUUCCAAUAUCACAGAGGCAAAACAUUCUUAUUAGCGAUGUUCUGUUAUUUAGACAAAUAGGCGCGAAUCGCUCGUGGGCUUCAUGUUUUUUCCUUUACUGAAAGUUAAGAUAAUUCGACACUAUCUUCAAUAAAAUGAGAAAUCAUCGGGUUUCUUUGUACCUCAAGCUCAGCUCGUAGAUUUUGGAUGCCUUAUCGACAACUUAGCUAUAGGGCUAUAAAAUUCAGGGCAAAAUCUAUUGGACUACAAUUUUAACGUUCUUGUUAAAAUCACAUGAGGAUUUCCUGCGCUGCUACAACCUUAUUUGGUUUUAGCAUUUCCUGCCAAGCCUGUUAUCAGCGUAGGUUUGUAUGUAGCGGUGAAAGAUAGUCGCGUUUCUCAAAGUAAAUGGCGUCAGAGUGCCAGAGGUUUUGUGGCCCUACAGUGGUCCUACAGUUGGCGCAACCACAGUGCCUAGCUGACACGGGGCGUUACCUUGCACCGACUUGCCUCUGCGCUAGCAAUAGUCGGAGGAAAUGAGCGACCUGAAACCUGCCAAAACAAUGAUGCUUGCGUGGUGAGUCAUCAGAGCACAUUCGGUUUGUAUCAAACGCAUUGUAAGCUGGCCCUGAGGUUGGAAAAUGUUGCCGAUGCCAACUGGUUCUCUUGCUCGAGCAAUAUACGCGUGCUGAAUGGAUAGAGAACGCGACGAGUCAUCAAAUCAUUUCGUGACUAAUUAUUCAGUACUCCGGGGACUGCUAACAGUGACAGGUCAACAGCCAGAAGUACGCGUAAUUAAUUUCAUUUCGCUUGUUCUAACACGAAUAGGGUGUAAAAGUUGGGACGUGAGCGUCAUCAGCCGUAAGGCUCUCAAAAAGCACUGGCAUUAUUGUCCAUUGAUUUGUCCUUGUGCGAGGUGUAAUUGAGUAACAUUUGUUUUUUGGGAAUUUUGCAGGAGGUAACAAAUGUGAAUCAAAAAGCGGAUUUUGGUACUCCACAAGUUGUUGCGGAACAAACAAAAAUAAAUGCUGUUAUGAAAGAAGGUAAGAUUAUUGCUUUGCGUUGAUCCCUGUAAAAUGUUCUUUAAUUUUCUGCACCUUAACGAAAAGUAUGGACGCUAAGGCCAAACAGAUAUUUUGCGGGACAAGAUUACAGUAAGUGACCGAUCUCAUGAAAGGUUGGCUGAAAUUCUGAAAUACAUCUUCGAUUAGGAAGGAUUACUUGAUCGCGGUUGUAAUACUGAUUAUCGUAAGGCAUAAUCUUAUAACGUUUCGGACUCGGCAGGGUGUCAGCUUUUGCAUACACUGCUUGUCAAUCUGCUACAGGAACCGUGCUGGUUAAAAAUUGACUACAUAAGUGGCAUGCGUUUUUCCCAUUGAUUUUCGAUGAUCUUGCAUAUUCAAAUAUUUCUUAUAGAAACCAUAAACAAAACCUGCUUUCCUUCAAUCAGUUAAUAGAGAAUCACGUUUUCUUUAUAUUUUAUACUCAAGGAAGGAAUAUAAUUAGAUUUUAAAAGUGUUUUCUAAUUGCCUUAUAAUUUGGAGCCUGAUCAUUCGUUGUAUUAGCCCUGAACUAUUUCAGUCUACUAGGUGCAUGCAUUCCGCGUACAGCAAAGCACAUACUUUUCUAUGCCAUUAAAAAGACGACAUACAGAGUCCACAAAAUUUUGCAAUGGAUGCGGACUAUGUUGUACAUUUCAUGAGGAGAAGUGGUAAACGAACAGGUAUUAUGCUACGUGAAUGGGCAUUGCGCGGUCUUAAAAAAUCUUAUAAUUGGAAACUUUUUAAAGCCCAAUUAUCUUCCUUCCUUGAGUGUAACAUAUAAAGAAAACGUGAUUCUUUUUUAACUGACUGAAUGAAAGCAGGUUUUGUUUAUGAUUUCUAUAAGAAAUAUUUGAAUAUGCAAGACCAUCGAAAAUCAAUGGGAAAAACGCAUGCCACUUAUGUAGUCAAUUUUUAACCAGCACGGUUCCUGCAGCAGAUUGACGAGCAGUGCAUCCAAAAGCUGACAUCCUGUCGAGUCCAAAUGUUAUAAAAUUAUGCCGUAUGAUAGUCAGUAUUACAACCGCGACCAAGUAAUCCUUCCUAAUCGAAGAUGUAUUUGAGAAUUUCAGCCAACAUUUCAUGAGAUCGGUCGCUCACUGUUACUUCGAAUUUUUGCCGGCAAAAGUAUACUUACCGUCUUCGUAAUAGUAUAAGUUUGGGUCGAAAUAGAAAUUCCAAUCUUCCUUACUGAAUACGCACAGGAGUUUGUUUGACUAGCAAUAAACCAGUUUGAAGGACGAUUUUCAAGUUAAAAAAGAUAAACUGCCUAUGCGUGAGCAAGUAAUUACCGAAGUUAGGGAAAAUAUAAUAGUAACCGAGCAACAGAUAAAGUGAAAAUUUAUAAUUUGAGGCAAGGGGCACACUUAUGCCUGCUUUGCUCCGCAGUAGCCAUUAUCGGACAAUAAAUAGACGCAUAUUUCUGCUCCGUUCAUUUAAUACCCUGCGUUUUAGUGGUUAAAUGUCUCAAACGUCGACUAAUGGAAGUCGACCAGCCAAACUGAAAGCAAUUUCGCAUGACAUGCACGGAUUCUUAUUUCUAUAGGAUUAAAGAAAUGACCAAAAGUUUAUGUCGAUAUUCAGGAACCAUCGAUUAUGACUCUUUUAGUUGCAGUAGACGAUAAAGUACGAUAAACAAUUCUAGGUGAAACUAGAUACUGCGAGCUGCUGAACUUUUAACUUCAGUGAAAACCGUACGCUAGUGCCACCAUUCUCAUGUUCUCAGGUAUAUGCCAAGUUAACUAUGUUCCCAAAAAGAAUUCUCAAAAAAUGACUUGAUAGAACUCUCGCUGCUUAAAAGAGAGUUUUUUGGGAACUUAAACUUUCAAGAAGUAGUUGCCACAACAAUGGAAUAGGGUGAUUUAAAGACGUUUCGAAAUGCCUGGGUGAAGAGAUCUUAUCAACGCUCGCAGAUUUUUAGGUCUUCUUACGAAGCAUAUUUGUAUUCAGCCGCAUGUAGACGUUAAGUUACAUAAAAUUUUAGAAGAUUGUGAAAAUCAGCUGAGGUCAAAUCCACAUCAGGCAACAUGCCGUCCCCACUUCUAGUUCUGUCUGGGGUUUGCGGAGAGGGAGGGGAAGGGAAGGGGGAGGUGUCUGGGGAUUAACUGUCCGUGUUUCAGCGCUAUAAAGCGACGUGACACGUACGAACACCUAUGCUGGGUUUGUCUUUACCCCGGGGAGGCCUUAGCGCCUGUAAAAACGUUUUAUGCGAGCAAAAGGCUGGCUUAGUUAAUCGUCUAGCCACUGCCUCUGCGGCCGCAAGUAUUCGCUGACUCAGGAAGUUGGAGUGUCUCACCGAUACUUUAUAGAUGACUCGGAAUGCUUGAUUGACCUCUACCCAAUAGCCGCUGUCAACCAAGUGAGCCACAAUUGCGCUAUAGAUGGACUUUUCCCCACCUUGGCUUAGCCAGGCGGGAUGGUGCUCUCGCAUCCUCUUGGAUAAAUGCCUGGUUGUUCGACCAAUAUAACCUGCCCCAGAAGAGCAAGUGAAAACGUAGAUGCACACUAAAGAGGUCUAAAAGGGCAGUCUGUCCUUGCCUCCAAGGCGAAGAAACGGAGAGCUUGCGAAAAGCAAUCUUAUCUUAGCGGCUGGAUACGUGCGCACGACAGCAGCAUUUAAGCGACGAUGUAGGAAUUCGCUUACCGGAUCCCCUUGAAAUUGCAGUGUGAUAAAUAAUUCCUUCUUAGCCGUCUGCACAUUAGAUUUUUGAGAGCAUUCUUCCAUGUAUUUAUUGACAAACUUUUCAGGGUAGCCGUUUUCUCUCAGACGCUUUCGUAGAUUGACGAGUACAUUCUCAAGCCUAUCUGGUGUGCAAAUUCUCCUAGUUCGAUUGAUAAGGCAGCGGACCAAGUUUUAUUGCUGGUUUAGCGGGCUGCAACUGUAAAAAUUCGUGUACUCCCCUGUCCAUUUUUCUUGUGAGAUUCACUUCUGCUUAAUGUUUCAUCCGGAAUUCGAUUUAGUAGAACAUCAAGAAAGGGUAGGCACUCUCUGUUCUCUUUUUCCAAGUUGAAGUUUAAGGCUGGGUGGGCCUGAUUCACUUUAUAUAGGGAGCUGUUCAAAUUAAGCGUUUCAUCCGUUUUUACGGAAAUGACAUCAACAUAUCGGGCAUAGGAAUAAAGGUCCUUUAUCAUUGGACAGAGCUAGGUUUUCUUUAGUUUUUCCAAGAAUGCAUCAGCUAUUAUUGGUGCAAAGAGUGAUCCCAUCGCUACGCCGUUGAUUUGGCGGUAAAAUUGGCUAUAACCAAUUGGCGUCUCUUUCAAACUAUUUUUAUUUAAGACAGAACUUACAAUAGACUUAUUAAAAUUGUAUAAGUCGUAUUUUUCAAGUAUAUCUACGUCCCUUAUUCGAAUGCUAACGGUCCUGAUCAAGAAAUUUCUUAUACUGCUACCAUAAGUCAUUAAAUUGUGUUGGGUCCUUUUAUAUAAUAGUAAUAUCUCUGUGUUAUGUGAUUUGUCGCUCAAGUGAAGCAGACAUGCAAGUGAAAUUUAUUGCUACAGUAUUAUCAGAUGGCUGGCAAUGCUUCAACUCGGCACAGAUUGCGCUAUUUGUCAGAAAUGCGUUUAAGGUCCUCGUUUGAUCAUUCGUAACUCUCGCCCCAUGCGGCAUUUAACUCGUCGAUGCAUAACAAGCUGUUGCACACUUCAUUUUCGUUAGUACUAGUAGCAUACACAUGAACUAUGCAAUCUUAACUGAUCUUGGAUGGAAAAUGUGCACAACGGAGGAAAAACUACGUGCUUGUUGACGGCGGCGUUGAUGGAGAGCACAUGGGUGUGACACAGCUACCGGACGCAUGGAAAAAUCUGGAGCGUUUACUGCCGCCACUGAGAGUUAAGAGUAUGACGACGGGAAUCCAGGUCCACGUUGAAACAAACGAGCCACGUACGCUGCAGUUCUACCCACCCUCAGCAAUCUCAGCGUUUCAAUUGUCGUACUCAACUAGCACAAGCAGCUUAUUCUAGGCACAAGUUAGACGUUUACCUCCCCCCAAUCGUCUUAUAUAAAUAAAAAACUUAGAGCAAAGUGCCAGCUUAUGGCCUUAUUUAGUCGUUUAAGCCGAUGUCUACCCCAAAUGACCUUAAAAAUCUCUUGUUCAAUAUCCACAGGUGUAUCCUGUUGAACUCUCUAAUGCAAAUUACGGCCCUUGGUGUUGUUAUAAUAGCUGGCAGCAUGAAAGCUUAGUUUCGUAAAUUUGCUUCGACUGGAUUCCCUAAAAAGCCACCAAGCAAAACUAAUUAUUUUGAUCCGGUUAUAAUACCUGGAAAUAUAGAAAGUCAUGUAAGGUUAUCUGUUAUUAAUUGUCAUACUGAUUUUUGGCUUAAAAAUCUUUCCAAACACAAGUAUCUAUCUCAUUGGCAACAACCGCUAUUGAAUAGUGUGCAUACUCCAUCAAAACUUUGGGAUUCAUAUGCUUAUGGUAUAUUUUUGGAAGAAAGGAGGCAAAACAGUAAAUUAUCGGAGCUUUUGCUUCAGAAAUUAUACCCUCAAGCCCAACAUUGGAAAGAAAAAUACAUGUCAGUUUGAAAGCAUUCGAAAAGUCAGAUAGUCUUGUUAACUAUAUUCUAAUGUGUGAUAUCCCACACAACCUGUGAGUUCUAGACCAAAGCACCUAAAUAUGACAUGGAAAUGGACACUCAUCAAUUCACCGACUUUCAAAUCAGAGCGGAUAGGCUUCGGGAAGCCUAUGAAUGUGUACCUAUUCGUGUACGCAUAUGUAGCCGAUCUGCACCGACAGAGAGCCUCACGUGGCAAGACACUGGUGAUAUUCAGUUUGAGGAGUGUGUGCAGCCUCUCACACAUCCUAUGCUGUGCAGCAUUCGUGUUUUGUAUAUGUGUGGUUCCUAAUCUUGUGUUUCUGGUCCAGAUGGUAGUAAGCGUAUUUGAAAGUAGUCGCCUGGCCAUUAGGGCAAGUCGCCUUUCAAAUUGCGAAGAGAUGGCCUGCUCAAUUUUGCCAGUAGAAAUGCGCAAUUUGCAAAUUCUGUAUACAAGAGGUCGCCCCACGAUCCAAGGGAAGAAUCACUUGCGAGUGAAAAGAAAUAAACGUCGACCUUUACCUCAGCACCAGCGGUCCUAUAAUAGUUCAGAUGAUAGAGUACUCCAUUAGAAAUUUGUAUGUUUGCAAAUGGAGUCAGCUCUAGAACAAAAGACUUCUGUUAGUUAGAUUUCGCCCUUACCGUGAUCUUUAACAACAAAAAUAUUGCUUUUUACCUGGAAAAUUAAGUGUCCAUGUGGUUUCUGGACACCGGACGAUAUUUUCUAGGUGGAGUUGCGACCAGGGACUUCAAAUGUUUAUACAAGAAAGCCAGUAGAUCACAGCAUAUGAAAUGGGUGAAAAUUUUGGUCUAUGCUUAGCAGUACUUUAGUUCUCCGUUGAUCAUACUUUCUGGCUGACAGCCUACCGAAAGAUUUUAGUUGACUUUUGCCAAAUUUCUAUCUGGAGGAUGUUGCCGUUUAACUUGGAUCCGAAGCUCCAAUCUGUCAAACCCGCACGAGUCUUGCUGGAUGAACGCUAGAGUGAACUCGAUAGUAAUUUGAGAUUACAUCAUCGUUAUCCUUCCCAAAUAUUUCGUGGAACUGUGUAUUGGAGUAUAAAAGAUGCAUCGAUAAGUCUGCCUUUGUCUUACCUCGUCAGUGAAACGGCAUCACAACGACUUGAGGCACCGACUUUUGACUACAGUCGACAAGUUUGUAACCUUUAGGCGUAAAACGACUGAAGAAUUCACCUACCGCCUAAACCUAGUUCUUCUGGACAUUGAGUUAACGGUGUGAGAAGGAAUGAACUAUCAUUUGACAUUUGUAUACUGUUGGUUUUCAGACAUAAUGAUGAGCAAAUCGACAGUGUCAUCUGAAGGGCAACAAUUGCUAAUUCCAUUUCUUCAGACUCCCAUAAAAACCAAAAUACUCAGCACAAAUAUAUACCUGACAGAAUAUUAUGUUUCAGGUUCAUGUACCGUAAAGCAAAUUCGAUGACCACGGCCCAACCUUCAGAAGAUGCAAAGGCUUUUUGCAAACAGUGGAUAGCCUAGUUUUGGGUGAAUACAUGCGAAUUCUUGUGGGAGCAACGAGGUCACAAAAGUACAAGACGACCUUCAGGCCUUUCCUUGUCUAUAUGACUGAUAUAUGGGGAGACUGCUCAAACCUAAAGAACGGAUUUUAGUUGGGGAUUGCACACGGACAGAAACCAAAGGUUUACCGACUGCUUACGUUUCAAGCCGAUUGCCUUGCUUUCCUAAUCGAAUUGGAUUGUGGUAGCCAUUUGCAUUAGUAAAAUCGGUGAGCAAGUCCAGACGAAAAUUCCCCUGUAAAGAACUGCUCCCUAUUGUAUAAUUAUUACAGACUGCCAACAGUCAGGCAGUAGUAUGCACACACCGCAUGAUUAAACAUACUGACAGUGAAUUUACUACGUAAAAGCCCAGACGCGUAUUCCACCGGAUUUCCGUCGCUGCAUGACGCAGUUACGGAUUCGGCGUAUGGGUGAUUCUCACAGCGUCCCCCAGGUACUUUCUAAUUUGUACUCCAGUUUUAAGUGUUCAACCUUUUUGUUUCUUAAAAAAUAAAUGCCAUUACAUGGAGCGGCUCUUUCUGAGCAAAAUUUUUAGUCUGGGUUCGAAAGUUCUUAUAAAUACUGAAGCUGAAAACUGAAGUACAUACCAGGAAGCACAGAGAAAAGGGGGGGUUGCACUGAUGGACCGAACCACUCGCAACUGGGUCAAGCAGCUGUGAAAAAUCGGAAAAAAAACAUGUGUCUGGGCUUUUAGUUAUUACCUGAGCUGUCAGUGUGGGGAAUCAUGCUAUGUAUAUGCGGGUCACGAACAACAAAUGCGGGCAACGCAAACGAGUUCAAUGACCGCUGUCAUCCCGACACUGCUCCCCGUCGAGAAGAGGGAGAAAGGCACCGACCAGCAUAACAGCGAUUAAAUCGUCCCCCCCCCUGCAGUGCAUCCUGCACGGGUAGCAGUAGGAAUGACAGCACGCCGACAUGCUCAGAACCAUAGAGAACCUACGCAGACGAUGGAGGCUUGUCUGCUUGUGAAACGUCAAGCCAUUAAGCCUAUGGUUUUCGUGAUCGCCUCUUUUUCUCACAUGUAUAUGUCAAGUAAGCUUCUUGCCAUAGCAGUGAGGGUCAAAAGCUUACUCGGUAUGUUUAUAUACCUCACAUCAUAUGGCCUAUGACGUACUGAUAAUCGGUAGCGGCCGUGAAACAGCCGUCUGCGUCUCUCCUAUCGCACUCUUAGUGAGCUGCUUACGCAUAUAUAGAUAAUAUAGAUAUGUUAGCAGAGGGGAGACAACUGAGUCUGGGAGGGGGGAGGUAAAUUGAUACAGUGCUGUUUCGGGCUUGUUUGCCUUCAUUCAGCCGAUCAUAACCCUGAUCACCAGCUGGGACCGGAAACACAAUCAUGCGCACAAACACACCUGGCGCAGCUGGUCCACCACUGGGGUCUACCAGAUGGGUCAUAAGCACUUCAUCGGACCGAAGUUCAUCAGUGCCUCGCCACCUGCCAUUCUCUGUAUAUAAAAAGACAUAUCCUGGAGAUUUAACUCCAUGUCCUACACUGGAUAAUUUCUAAACUUAUUCAUUUGAUUAUUCUCUGGAGUUCAUAUACCAGAAACCGCAUAGGGAACGAUGGGGGACCCACUGAGAAGCCGAAAUCCUCGCAGGUGUCUCACGUAGCGACAAAAUAUCGGCGAACCACGUGUCUGGGCUUUUACUUAGUACCUAUGUCACGAGCGCUGUGUAUUACGUUUGCCAUAUACAUUUAAUACUACUCAUAGUACUACUUGUUUGUAGAAUGGAUAUUACGUGGUUAUUCCACAGAAGUCGAUUGGCUUUGACUCGAAUUUUCACUGGGAUCUCGGGUCGGACCCCAAAAAGUUGUGUUCCAGAGACUUAAUCCCAUGUCCUGUACUGAACAAUUUUUGAAAUUAUUCGCUUGAUAUUAAUAUGAUAAAAAGAAAUAAGUUCUGUGGGACAAGAGGGUUAAUUACGUAUAUGUAUAUGUAUGCACGUAUGCAUGUAUAGGCAGAAUGCCAUUACCGACAAAGACAAGGGGGACUGGAAUGGCCAUUUCUGGCUUAUUAGCCGUCGUCAGCCAGCCAUACCCAAGCCCGAAGUGUGGAAAACCCGGGCCUCGAACUCGCGGCCUGUUAGUUAGAAGUCCAACGCCUAUAACCACUGGGCCACGAGCCCGUUGCCCUGUCGGUUUUCGAAUGAGAAUAUACAAUGUUAGGGGGCGCUCACCGAUCGUUCAUACGGAACUCACUCGUUCCGUUGUGCCUUAAGGGCUCUCUCUCGAGCCCAACCAGCAGCCGCACAGUGGCGUAUGAUAAAGGCAGAAUGGCAUUACCGACAAAGACAAGGGAGACUAGAAUGACCAUUCCAGUUUAUUAGCCGUCGUCUGCCAGUCAUACCCAACCCCGAAGUGUGGAACACCCGGGGCUCGAACUCGCGACCACAAGGCAACGGGCUCGGGGCCCAGUGGUUAGAGGCGUGGACUUCUAAAUAACAGGUCGCCAGUUCGAGCCUCGGGUGUUCCACACUUCGGGCUUGGGUAUGGCUGGCUGACGACGGCUAAUAAGCCAGAAAAUGCCAUUCCAGUCUCCCUUGUCUUUGUCGGUAAUGCAAUUCUGACUAUAUCAUGCGCCGCUGUGCGGCUGCUGGUUGGGCUCGAGAGAGAGAGCCCAUAAGGCACAACAGAACGAGUGCGUUCCGUAAGAACGAUCGGUGAGUGCCCCUUACCACUGUAUAUUCCCGAUCAGAAACCGACAGGGCAACGGGCUCGUGGCCCAGUGCUUAGAGGCGUGGACUUUGAACAAACAUUUUGCGAGUUCGAGCCCCGGGUUUUACACACAUCGGGGUUGAGUAUGACUGGCUGAUGACGCCUACUGCGUCAGAAGUGGUCAAUAUAGUCUCCUUUGUCUUUAUAUAUAUAUAUAUGAGAAGAAGAGGCGAUCUCGGGAACCAUAGGUUUAAUAGCCUGGCGUUUCAAAAGCAAACAAGCUUCCAUCGUCGGAGGUGGGUUCUGUACGGCGCCUCACAGUAUUUAUGGAUGCUGAGCAUGCGGGAGUUUUUUCGUUCCUACUGCUAUUCGUGCAGGAUCUGCUGCGGGGGGAGGGGUUAAUUGCUGUCGUGCUGGCCGGUCCCUUCCUCGUCUCCUAGUCGGGUGGGCUGAGUCGGGAUGGCAACGGUCAUUGACCUCGUCUGCAUUACCCGCAUUUGUUGUGCCUGGCCCGCAUUUCUCGUAAUUGUCGCCCGUUUGCCUCUGCCCGUGUGCACCUCGGUGGUUGCUGGCCCGUUGCCUGUGUCUCCUUUAUCGGCCUGCUGACCCCCGUCAUCGGUGUUUGGGCGCGAACAGUGUUCAGUUGGGCUUGUGGUCCUGACUUCCUGCCUUUGAUUCCGUUGGUUGAACCGCACUCGUAGGGCCUGGUAAGCCGCCGGGAGGAUCGUGCAGUGGUUGAUGGAAGUUGGUACGGUGUGCCAGGAUUCGAGCGUUUCCCUGGCUGUCUGGUCGGUACCUCGGCCUAGGAUUUCGGCGUUCUGGAAGGCGAAAGUGUGUCCAGAGGCAGCACAAUGUUCCGCCACCAGUGAGUGUUGGUCCGUCCUUCUCACUGCCCUUGUGUGUUCACUCAUGUCCGAUAUAUAUCUGAGACGAGCGAUUCCUGUGAAAAUUUAAAGAGGGCUGAAUAAAACAGUACCCCUGGCAAUUCAAUUUUCUCUGCGUUUUCUCUAAAUAUACCUUUAAGUUUAAGCUCGUUGAAACUCGAAAAACCAUUUGGCGCGAUUUCCUUUUUAUGGGGUCUUCCGGACGUAGGAAGAAGUCUGUGCACAUCCUUAAUUAACUUUGAAUUCCAUCAUUACAUUUGCAGAUGGUGGCCGCUGAUAACGGUCAUUGUGUGCAUCGUUGUCUUGUUCAUUGCUCUUUGCUGCUGCUGCUACUGCUGUCCCUGUUGCUCGGGCAUAGCCAGCUGCUUGAAGGGCAUCUUCUGUUGCUGCGGCUGCUGCGACGAUAAGGAAAAAGAGGAGAGGAAACCGCUCAAAUAA